AUGAGUUUUUGCCCGAUUUGCUCAUCAAUGAAUAGCAAAAGUAAUGGAUAUCUAUCACCCGAUUCUUUAUCUAGUGUAAUUCUAAAUGUUUCUCGUAAAAAUGUUCAAGCCCAAGCUAAAAUUCAGACGUUAUUAUCUCAAGUUACUGAUUCAGAUGUAAAAAAUCAAAUUGAAAGUAUUUUUAAGAACCUUGGAGAUUCUAGUAGCGAACUCUCUAGCUUACAGCAGCUAUUUCAAAAGAUCUGCUUAGAUCACAACCAACAUGUAAGAAAUAUCGAAACUAACUCACAAAAACUACAAGAUGAGUUAUCGAAGAAUAAGGAUAAGAUUAAGAGUUUAAAGAAACAAUCACAAGAUGCAAAAACGCUAAAAUCUGACAAUGAAACGUUGAAGUUGGAAAAUCAAGAUUUACAAUCAAAAUUAUCUAUUAAAGAGCAAGAGUGUAAUGCAUUAGCUUCUCAAAUCAUUAAAGAUAGGAAGAAAAUUAAGCAAAUUAAAAAGGAUCAAGAAAAAUACUCACAAGAUCGUUCUCAGCAGAUGAUUGAUGAUUUAACUGAUGAAGUUAAGCAACUCAAGGAAAGAGUGCAGUGUUUUACUUCCGAAAAUAAGAAACUUCAAGAAAAUAAUGAUGAAUUGAAUUUGAUCAUUACCAAAAACGAUGGCCAGAUCAGUAUGCUUAAAAAGAUGAUUGAAUCCAAGUCUUCUCCAUUAAAAUCACCUCCAAGAAAUCAACCACAAGAAAAUCCAGAGCCAAUGAAUUCAAAUCUUCUUAAGAAUCCAUUUACCGGAGAAUUCGGAGUCAGAUUCGACAAGAUCCAACUUAUGACUCAUUUUGAACCUUAUCAGAGAGUUCAACUCAUAUUAAAUGAAGCUUCUCGCGAAUUCAAGAUAUUAAAUGAUGCAAAUGACAAACUUAAGGAGCAAAUAGAUGAAAUUAAAGAGAACCAUAAUCAAGAACUUGAAAAAUACCAAGAAAAAGAAGCUGUUUUGAAUCACUUAUUAUCCAAACUCAACAAAAUUGCAGAAAACGAGAGAUUAUUUGCUAAAUUUAAUCUCGAUUCUGAUUCCGCUUUCCUUAAAUUCAUUAAGAAGAACAUUGACGCAAACCAAGUCAUUUAUAAUAGUGAUCAACUUGUUUCAGAUCUUAUUAAGAAUGAUUCGGUUGCUUGCACACUAGUUUCAUCUCUUAUGCUUACAAAUGCAAAGCAAAACGAGCAAAUUGCAAGAUUAUUCAACCAGGCAGCAAUGAGAGAAAAAUUACUUGAUGAUAUUAGGAAUGGAGGAAUUCCGCCUGAAAGAGUUGUUCAAACUGUUAAGGACUUAAAGAAUGAAAACAAGUCAUAUAAGAGCAAUUUGAAGACUCUUCAAGAUGAAAUUGCAAAUCUUAACAGAUCUAUUGAUUUCUAUGAUGAAGCAAACAACAAAAUCAAUAGAUUGCAAGAUGAUUUAAACAAAUCACAACAAAUCUUAUUGAACGCAGAAACAGAUUUGGCCGAAAAAUCAACAAAAGUUGGAAUUCUUUCUUCAAAGAAUGCUGAUCUAAAUGAAGAAAUUACUCGUUUGAAACGUCAAGUUUCCGACAAAGUUCGUGAAAACGCUGAACUCAAAGCAGCUCUCAAAGACAUGAAGUAUAAGUCACAGAAGUCACAUGAUUCUGACAGCAACAAGAUAUAUGACAUGAAACGACUUCUCAGCGAAUCUCUUACAAAAUUGGAAUCAAUGAAACAAGAAAAUAAGAGAUUGUCAGAAAGAGUUGCUAAAUCGCAUAAUGCAACGCUUGCUUCUGAUCGCGAGAAACAAAGAAUAAUGAACAUUGUAGCUCGCGAAAUCGGCGCUCCAUACAAUGUUAAUUUCUUUGAGCCUGAUGAUGAACAUAUUUUCGUUUCUUUCAUCAGAAGAAUUCGUGAUGAUUUGAAGAAACUCAGAAUAUUCCAGAGUACAAACCCUGCUUAUUAA